CGCCGAGUGCGCAACGGCUCCGAACCUUGUCUCCCGGACCUCUCGUUCACGUUCGACGACGGUGGUGAUAUAUGCUCGUUCUGCGUAACCGUCCGUCCGUUCGUUCGUCCGUUCGUUCGGUUGGUGAUCCUCCCUCGGUGAAUGUACACGGACGCCGUGAGGGGCAAGUGCGACGAUCAUCGUACCAGCAGUGAACACUCGGAUGAACGUAGUACGAGAGGCGGCCGCGACUCGGCCAUCGGCAUGUGCACGUUAGGUCCCGGCCGGGGGUCAGCUCGCUUAGUCUAGGGGCCGUGACGUGGGAGUGACGAUGGACACGCUUGAAGAGUGUCCCGCGACAGAGACGAGGAACGUGGCGACGGUUGUGGACCGCGUGAGGAUGCAGUGAUCGAAGUGCGCUGAAGGCAGAGAGCGGGACCGACGGGGAGGACGAUGCAUCACUCCGGUGGUACUGGUUACGGGACCGGGCCCCAGGAGCGAGUGCACCAAGCGCCGCGAACUGCCGGCCAACCUGACAAGUGUCCCUACGAGACCUACCCGGCGCAGAUACCGGAUUGCUGCGCCGCAGCGGCCGCGGUGCAGGAUCCGUAUCCACGACCGCCGAGCGGAUAUGACGGCAGGUGCUACGACGAGUGUCAUCGCAGGACUCCCUAUCAGGAGGACACCUAUACCCAGGAUGUACCCCCCACUUUCCAUCGGCCCCAGUCCAGGCUGGGAUACGAGGAGCGUCCCCAAUCUCGUGUGGGAUAUACCUCGGAUUCCAGGUGCGCCAGUGGACUCGGGUACGACGACACUGGCGGGGGUUACCUUGACCAAAGUGAUCCGAGGAUGUAUUGUACCAGUGGUUAUUGCAUGGGGGAUACCAUGAUGGCCAACAGCAGAGGUGUCUGCGGCGAGGAGGUCGAGCUAGACAUGCGGAGGCACAUUCAGGCAUGCGCCUGCACCUGCAACCACAUGGGCUACGGGAAUUACAUGGACUAUCAGACGACGUGCCUAACAGAACUGCCAGACGUGGCACCGUGCAAUGGCACAGUGCGACUGCCACCGCCCUGCGAGGAUUCACCUAGCAGCGGCAGCAGCAAAGAUUGCAGGGAGGAAAGUCCUCGCAGAAGAUGCCGAGUAUUAGCGCCCAUCUUGCUGUUAGUGGCGGCCCUGCUUCUCGGCGGACUUUGUCUACCGUUGCUUCUACAAUCCGCGCCUGUUACGCACCAGCAAAGGCUGGACGUGAUCAGGAGGAUUCUCACUGAAGUGCCUCUGAUCGAUGGGCACAACGAUUUGCCCUGGAACGUCAGAAAGUUCGUACACAAUCAGCUCGGCGAGGUUAAUCUGAGCAGCGACCUCGGCAGGGUUGAUCCUUGGGCCAGAUCAGAAUGGAGUCACACGGACAUUCCUAGAUUACGUGCUGGUCUCGUCGGUGCACAGUUUUGGUCCGCCUACGUUCCAUGCGGCGCAGCUCAGUUGAAUGCAGUUCAACUUUCCUUGGAACAAAUCGACGUGAUCCGCCGACUGGCCGAGAUGAAUGCUCAACAUUUAACUUUGGUUACCUCCGUCAAAGGUCUUAUCGAGGCGCAUCGAGAAGGCAAAAUCGCAAGUCUUAUCGGAGUAGAAGGUGGUCACUCCCUUGGGAAUUCGCUGGGCGUUCUCAGGACAUUUUACGGCCUGGGUGCGAGAUACCUUACCUUGACGCAUACCUGCGAUACUUCCUGGGCAGUCUGUUCAGUUCGCGAGACGAACAGUUCGCAGGACUCAACGCCAGGCCUCAGUGAGUUUGGAAAGGCAGUUGUCAGGGAGCUAAACAGACUGGGAAUGCUAGUGGACCUCUCUCAUGUCUCGACAAGGACUAUGAGGGCGGCCUUGCAGACGACGAGGGCACCGGUGAUUUUCUCUCACAGUGCUGCCAGGGCACUCUGCAAUUCCACUAGAAACGUGCCAGACGACGUGCUCAGAAAUCUGGCUAAAAACGGGGGAGUGGCAAUGGUUCCGUUUUAUACAUACUUCAUAACGUGCAACAGCACCGCCACCAUAAAAGAUGUUAUUGCGCACAUCAAUCACAUCCGAAAGGUGGCAGGGAUCGACCACGUUGGAAUAGGAGCCGGCUUCGACGGGAUAAAUUUCACACCGACCGGUUUAGAAGACGUAUCCAGGUAUCCUCAGCUGUUGGCUACGCUGCUGGAAGACCCGACAUGGACGGAGGACGACAUUAAAAAAUUAGCUGGCCUCAAUUUACUGAGGGUAUUUGCUAAAGUCGAGCAGGUACGCGACGAAUGGCACAGAGCGGCAGUUUUGCCGGUGGAGAAGAUCAGUCCGCCCGACAACUCUGCCUGCGUCUACGGAGCAUCUUGAUCUUCUUUGAGGACAUUCGUAGCAGGAUCCCUCGAUUUUGUACGAUCGCCGAAGGUUCGACACGUCUCACGGAACUAUAGGACCUUGUAAACGUGCGGGCUGGAUCAACUGAAAGAUCACUUUUCCCUGAUAGAAUCUUUUCGACUUUUCCGGGAAGUUCAAUCGCGCCUUAUGAAAGAUGAAAAAUUGAACGAAGAUGAAGGAUCCAUCUGUGAAACUGAUAAGGGCGAGACUGUGGAAAAAGCAAUCGCUCUCAGGACACGUUCAGGUUUUUUCACGCUGCAUCCUCUUGUUAGAAAUCCCCGUAGAUUUAUCGGUGAAACUUCGAGCCGUAAAUAUGAUUUACUAUUAUCCUUGUUAUAUCCAUUUACAGAUGUAUUUUUUAAGCAAAAGGAAAACCACAAAAAGAAUAUAUCUGUAUCGUUUCGCGGAGUCGUAAACCUUGCGAAACCUCUAGAAGAUAAAACGAGAGUUUAUCAUUGAUUAUCGAUUAAUUUAUCAUAAUUCAAAAGUCAUUAUUGCGUUACGAUUGAAACCAAAUGUAAUUCCAAAAAAUAGUUUUACCAGAAGGAACAUAUAUAUGAUAGUUUCGAGGAAUGAAUAUUCAAAUAGUAACAAUUUAUGAAUUAUUCAGAAUCAUUUCGAUUGAAGGCUUCAUUGAGACUGAGCCAGUCCUGAGAACGAGGAUAAUGAAUAAUUUUAAACGUAAGAAAAGCGUUCCUAAAUGAAUAACUCGUAUUGACGCGGACAAUCGAGGCGGCCAAAAUGCUUGCACGGGGAGAAUAUAUUUCGAGCCGAGAGUAUCCGUGGAAACGUAUCCUCUCGAUAAUCUCGAGCGAAUCCAGUAAGUGUUUUUCAAUACCUCUACCUUCGAAUAAUUUUAGAAGAUCCGAAGUGAUGGAUGCUAAUGGUAAGGGACACGCGUUCAAAUGCAAAUCAAGGGAGAGUUGCAUUAAUCGGAGUUUAAUAUAAGCCGGACCCUCGAGUUUCUUUAUUUUCGUAUAAUUCCAUGCAUGAGUUGUUACCGGAAGGAUUAGUGAUAAAAUCGACAAACAGAAAAAGAAAAAAUAUGAGGAAAUUAAAGUAACGAAGACUAACUAACGCUAAAGAUAGAUGAAUUAUCGCUGACUAUUAUCGUUAGGUUCUUAUCGCUGGGAAAUAUAAUUCUUUUCUAUUCACGAUAGGCACGUAAAUGAUCCAAUUAUAUUCGAGAUGGUAACUCUAUAAAGAAUUUCGGUUUUACGUUCGGUUGUCUUAUCUCCGUUGGUAUGCUUGCGCCAAAAUAUAGUGUCGAAUUAAUAAGUGCGCUUAAGACCAAGAAAUUAAACGGAGGAAACGAAGAAAAAUCCAAAAGAAAAACGACGAGGAAUAAAAAUUUGUAACGUUCCAUUAGGAGUUCACUGGCAGCUCGCGUAGAUCAGUUAAUCGCGUACGUUCAAUGAUUUACGGCUUCUAGUGUUUAUAUAUUUGCAAGGGAUAUCGUUGAUAUAUUAACGCUCGUCUGUAAGACCAUCGAAGAAAGACUUGUUCGUCGACUUUAAAUUACGCAUGAAUCGAUCGCUGGAUCUUUCCGACUUUCCGACUGAAAUCUUCAGAACUACAUAUUACUAAAGCGUUCGUUGUAACGGGACUCGUAAUACGCAUGCAUGACGCGAUUAUUUCAGGAUACUGCUUGUUUGUUUAUACGCUUGUUGGGACUGGCGACUGUCCGGAUAUCUUUCCUAUUCGAAUAUCCAAAUCGAAUAUUCUUUCAAGUGCCAAUGAAAUUCGGCGAGGUCAAUUAUAAAAUUCGAGACAAAAGCAAAUGAAUUUGGAUAAUUAAGUUCGUUGACAAUUUUACCUACUCUGACGUGUAAUUAAUAUUAAUUGGUUUCAUAUAUUACUCUUUAUUUUUCUAAAAUGAGAAAUAUAUUAUUUCUGAGCUUUAUUCAAUUUUACAAAUAAAAGCAAAUGCAUUACGUUGUGCCUGUUUAAUGAUUUUGUCUCUUAAUUUUCGCGUCAUUUAAAUAUCCGGAGGCAUGGAAUUAUUCGGUUUUUGUAAACAAAAUUCUGCUCUUGAAUAUUAAAUGAUUAUGACUAAUGGAUCCAUUGAAUAUGUAUUCUUUGUAUUAAAAUCGUUUUAAUUAUUUCAUCGAAGGAUACGUUAAAUUGAAUGUUCUCCCUCUGUAAUGAUGUCUGGAAAUGAACAGUACGUUUACAAAAACAGUCAAAGAUUAAAGGUAGAAACGACAUCUAUCAACCCUUUGUAUUCUGAUACCACUUUAAACUACCAUUAUAAUUAAAGCGCUGCCAUAUAUUCUCCAUUUUCGCUUAAUUCACAGUACACCCAGAUAUAUUUAUAACCAAGUAAUUGAAGAGCAUUCAUUCUUAACAUAUGUAUUAUUUAAACGACCUUAAAAUGCUUCGAAUAAAGGCAGCAUUAAAGGACAAAAAUAAGAAUUCAGAACGUAAAGAAUUAAGAAGGAAACGUUGCUUUGCGAUUCGUCUGUAGGACCACCGGGGACUUUUAAAAAGAAACUCUCUGGAGUAAAAUUCACGAAACGCCACGGAGCAUUAUGCAAUUUUAAGCAUGUCGACACAGCCUCAUUACAGAGAAAGAACACCAUUCAUUUUUGUGUAGCUUUUUAACACUUUCGUAAGAUCAUUCAAUAACGGAUCUCCGUUAAUAUUAGACUACAUUAAUUUUUCAUUGGAAUCGAUCGGAAUACUUAAAUUUUCUAUUACGGAUAUUCGAGUAUCGCUAUAAAGAACCAGAACGAAAGGAAGCAUCCGGAUAAAUCGUCGCUAUUCAUUUUUGUUUAGCUUUUCAACGCUUUAGAUCGUUUAAUAACGGAUCUGUUAAUGUCAGACUACAUUAAUUUUUCAUUGGAAUCGAUCGGAAUGCUUAAAUUUUUCAUUACGGAUAUUCGAGUGUCGCUCGACUGUAAAGAACCAGAACGAAAGGAAGCAUCCGGAUAAAUCGUCAGGACCUGUUAUUACGAUCACCAAUGUUAAACACUGCCAAGCCACUUUAUACUGAACCAUUCCGACACGAGAAAAUUGUAAUCGCUAACCCCGUUUCGGUACAGUAGCCGAGAGAGUAGCAAUAAACCUUAGCCGAUAAAUCGUCGAUGAAAGCAUAGAUCGCAGAACGGAAGCAAAUACACUUGGGGGAAUAUUUCUACGAGCGUAGAAAAAGAAUCCAGAUCUUCGAGACGUUACUUAUUGUUAAACAGUCAGCGAGUAUCGAGACACACACACACACCAUCUAGUUUGCCAAUCGCUCUCGGACCUUGUCCAGGGUUAUCCUAGAUUUGCCGGACGAAACGAACACAAUGCGGAUGAUUUUAAUUGGAUGGAAGAGGGACGAGGAAGAAAAAACACGCUGUAUAAAUAGGAAGAUAAAUAUCGAAUCAAUCGUGACUGCGAUUAUUGUAAAUAUACAGACCACCUCAAAAUUCUUUCGCCAGUGGAAACGCGAGAAUCUUUUCCAUCGAACGGGAAUCGAGAAUAUUUGUAUCUUUCUCGGGUUUGAGAUCUCGUUUUUCGAAGUGCAAAGAAACCACGUCGAGAAUGUAUUUCAAUAUUUUUAUAAUUUUAUAACUUACGAUCAAUUAUAUUUUAGUUUUGUUGUACUAUAUAGUUUCUUAUGGAUGCUAACCUCUGAACGUAAUAGAAAAAUGUUGUCUUGUACAAUAUUGAAAUGAAUGUUGCCAGUAACGAGUGCCUAUCCUGUUGUCGACUUUUGUUCGUUUACUUCUCUAAUAGUAAUAAGUAAACGUGUUAAGUGGAUUUGUUAAAGGUAUACAGUGAAAGCAGUUUAGAGGGUAAAUUCCUGUCAAAUUCAUUGAUAAUUUUAUACGGUUUAUUAUGCAAUGUUGUAGUAAUAGAACAGACUGAUUACAUUUAAUAAUUGUACCUUCUCAAUCGCUGCGUUUAAUAAUGGAAAUUGAAUUUGUUCUCGUAUACAUUUGUAAAAGUUUUCAAUGGAAAAUUAAUGCCACUGAAGUGUCGUUUUAUACUUAUGUGAGUAGACGAAUCUUUUACAAGUAAAAUAGAAGAAAUUAACCUGUAAAUAAUAUAAUUUUGAAGAUACAAUGUAAUGUAAGACAAACGUAGUACAUUUUGACAUUUAUUUUUUAAUCCGUGUCGUGUAAAAUGACGUCUUAAGUAUUCUCCAAUUUCACACGAAUUACACCACAAUCCAAUUUCGUCGAAACUAUUAACAUUGCGAAAAUAUUAAUUAAUAUUAGAAAUUUUAAUCGAAACUUUCGUCUCUUAGUAUAUAUUUUAAUUUCCAUAUUGUGCCAAGUUUUGGCUUUCACUAGCAAAAAUUUGCAAUUAAUAUUUAGCGCAAAGAAAUGGAAUUGAAAAAUAAUUUAUUAACAUUAAAUUAUUAACUGUUCGCGAAGAGUAUUUACUCUGCAUAAUUGUAGUUCACUGCUUUUAAAUUUUAGUAAACGACAUUCUACACUAAUACUCUAGCCGACAUUUCGAAUUCUACACAAGCGAACAGAAAUAUCCAUGAUACGUUAUCUACGAACAUUAAGAUUCACUUUUAUGUCGCCAAAUGUUUCCUCGCAUCUAAGACUGUAAGAAACAACAGAUUUUUCUACUAUGUUUAGACAAACAAUUCCAUUUAAUCGCCCAGUAAACGUGUUUAAAAUUGUCGAAGUAAAAGCAACGUAUACCUUUGCGGCGAUUACUAUAAAAUUCAUCGAAUAAGGAUGCAAACGUUUUCCACGCUUACAAACGUGCAUCGACCAACACUUCAACCUGUCUUCUUUUUCGUCUGCUAUGUAAAACUUUUUUCGAAUAAUUUUAAAAUUACGUUCUGUACAAUUCUCAUUUAUCUCGCGUUAAUUCUUAUCGUUGAAAAUAUUACCAUUGAAAUUUCGAAUAUCCGUCACUCGAAAAACGACAAUCUCAAAUUAUACGAUAACGAAAGUCUACUCGAUCCCAACCGAUGGAAAAAGUUCCCUCGUUUCGACUGGUAGAUUUUGGAACGAUCUGUACGCGUCGUGUUCACAUCUAUCAAACAUCGAUUUUCGUAGCGUUUACACGACGCAGGCACAUUCUCGCAGCGUCUUUGUUUUUUCGUAACGACGUUUUACCAUUUCGACUUUGUAAUAUCACUUGAUAACCACACGAGUAGAUGAUAUAAUCGAGGCGACCGAGUGAGGGGGACGUGAAAUUCGAGCGUGACCGAGAACUUAGCGAGUAGAAUGUCCUAAACUUGUACGAAGCAUUUCGACUUUUCUUACUUUUUUCCGACGUGGGGAACGCGUGCGAGAAAUUUUUAGGUACCUGUAAUUAAUAUUGUUAACGACUAUACAUAUAUAUUAUAUACAUAUAUUAUAUAAAGAAAAAAAAAAGAAACCAUGGCGCCUUCGACGACUCGCACCAUCACUCUACGAACUUACGGUAGCAGACUGUCCCGUGGAAAAUGAUUGACAGUGGUUCGCUCGAACUGGCACGGACGUGCAUCGAUUUCACCAAAUAUCAUACAGAAAAAAUCGUCGCGAGGUGUCAGUUUGAGACUGACUGCCACUUUGUCGUUAAACGAUCAACAUUAUAAAGCUUGACUCUUCGACCACUUGUUCUAUGAUGUCGCGUCAUCGACCGAAUCUGAUCGAUCUAAAUGUUACCUACUUUUUUAAAAGUGUAAAUUAAAUAUUACCUUUCUAUUGUCGAUCGUUGAUUGUUAGAGUAAACGUAGACAGAACUAUCGAAUUCUUUUUCUUUCUCUAAUAAAUUGUUAACGAUAAAGUAAUUAUAGAGUUGUGAAGGAAAUCAUAGGACAAAGGGUUACCCUUGAUAUAAUGAUGUUAACCUUGAGUUUAUGGAACGUUCAGUUUUAUUAUUUAAAUAUAUCUAACGUUUGACCAGAAACAUUGUUAAGUAUUAGCUGAAUUUAUAGAUAUUAUAAAAAGAAAGAGUAUUUAUGAAAAUGAUUAUUAGACUUCUAUUUGUUUCAUAAUUUCUGUUUAUGAUUUUAAUGUAUAAAGUGUAAGGUUGUUAUAGUAACAUGUUGGCAGAUAUGCGAAAUUUAUAAAUUUAAGUAAGUUUGAAAAUAUUUAUGUUCCGAUUCAUGGAUCAAUCGUUAUUAUUAAGAAAGAAGAGUAGAAGUUGUAUAGUUUUAAGAAAGACGUACACGAAGAUCGAUGUGGCAGCCAAGGCAUCGAGAGACGGCGGACUGUUAGUCACUUUCCACGAUGCGAAAUGUCUUGAACGCGAUUGUUAGCGGAAGCUUUUUUCCUCGAAGCAAAAAUACGUACGCUUGCGUUUUCCUCGGCGUUUAACAAGGGUAACAUGCAGAUCGAAGAGCAGAAUUAAUUGUCUACCGACAAAGUAUCUGUAGAGAGACCGCAGAAUCCCGUUGAAUAAAACUUUUAGCAGCAAUAACACUGAUAACCAACACGUAGCGAACGAUUAACUAGCGUAAAAGACCAAUAGGAUGAUAUUCACGAUUUCUAAUUCAUAAAGAGUAAGUCUAGCACGUUAAAAUAUCGAGUUGGAUCGAUCGUUUUGGAAACGCUUUUCCGUCGGAGCAACUUUUUUUCAAUAGAGCCGAAGAGAGGACAAUAUUCCACCGAAUCUUGUAUCUUCUGUUAUUUUCUUGUAACAAAUCAACCGAGAAAAGAAAAUAACAAAGAUAUCGUUAGUAUACUUUAACAAUGAAACAUCUCGGAAAAGGACCAUAAGCGUUUAGCCAUAAAUAGAUCGUCGUAUAUUCAUAGCAUACGUGUAACUUAGAUCAUCCAACAAAGCGAACAAAUUUAUUCAAUCUCAAUUUCUGUAAACCAGUCAACGUUCAUAAGAAUAUUUAUCGCGAAGCGUGAAACGAGAAUCGAUUCAGUUAAGAUUGAGAAAGGUUUCCAAAGUACUGUAACUAGUCUGCAUGAACAAAAUUCUUCGAAAGAAAAAAAUCCUUCAAAAAGAACAUUUCUAUUUAACGUAAUUAGUUUAAUAAAAUUAGUUGUUAAUGUAACUAGCUCUUAAUGUAAUUAUGGGAAUCCGCUCUGUAGAGAUUUCUUAGGUUGAUUAGCCACUCGAAAUGCUAAAGAUUAUGGUCCAAGAUAGUUGUAUUUCAGUUCUAAGUAGUUGUCAAUAGCACCCCUGAGUUGACUUUAUAUUUGACACGUUAGCACCUAUGACGUCUUUCUACGCCGUAUAAAUUUUACAUGCGAAUCUUACGUGAUCGUACAUUCUACAUGCAAUGUUGCACAGUUGACAAUCAUUGCUUUCAUACGAUGAAAUUUCCAUUUUACAAUACUGCAUUAUUUCAAGCCGCAAUCACUGAAUUGUCCCAGCGAUUGCAAUACGUUAUAUACCUCUUGCUGCGAAAGUUUCGGGAACAAAUGAGAAAAGUCACAAACAAGUUUGAACUAAUGGUUUCAUUGUUUUUCAAACUAUUCUCCUUCAACGUUAAUACAUUCUCCAUUGUGCUGUGCCAUCACUUUUUAAACUUAACACGUUGCAUAUCGGGUAAUUUUAAGAAAAUCACUAUACGUAGAAAAAUACAAUAUCUUAUUAUUAUUUAAUAUAUUUUAAACAAAUGAUAGAUUCUGAUAAAAUGUAAUUUUUAAAGAUUUGUAUAAACACGAGAUUUCGUUCUUCGUAUUCAAUGUGUUGAGAACGCGGGGCUUCACUGAAAUGAGGAAUAACAAAAUGGCCGUAAAAAUGGCGGAUUCCCGAGACUUUCGCAGCAAGCGACGUACCAUCGAUCGAAUCACGACAUCCAAGUUUGCCAAUAGAUUUCGCUGCGUCCACCGCGAACGAUCAGUGUUCCCUGAAAAUCGGCGAAUAGCGUUUCCAAAGCGACCGAUUCAAUGGCAGUACAUUGCUCAAUACCACUGAUCGGGACUCGAAAAUGGAAACAAGACUCACUCUUGCGUUCACGGGAGCGUAACAGCCGCACGACGCACGGACUUGAAUCACGCGUAGACAUAUGGUACCGUUCCAUUGGGUGAUCCCAUAAAUAAUUUGGUUCUUUAUAUUUCUCUUGUUUCUCGGAAUGAAGAUAAACAAAUCUGUUUCUAACAUAAGACAUAUUUCCCUUCAUUGUCUACGAAUUGUCUAUAUUAUGAUUGCUUCAAAAAAAAGGUUCGUUUAUCUCUAUUUUUAAAAAUAAAGAUAAACAACUCUGUUCCUAAGGUAAAACAUGUUCUCCUUCGUUAUAUAUAAAUUGUCUAUCUGUACAUUGUAAUUACUUUAAAACAAGCUUCGUUUAUCUUCAUUUUUAAAAAUGGAAGGAACAUAAAAGAAUCUUAUUAUUUUUUAUAGGAUGACCCAAUAGUUUCGUAAAACGGUGUAUUUCUUGUAUAAAAAAACGAAACGAAGGGAACCACCAUUUCGUCCCUUCGGGCGGAAACCGCCGGGGAUUGUGGGUCUCGAAGCCGCGCGACAAUGCCGAAAAGAAAAUAUUUCGAAUCGAUCCGCGAGGAGAAGGAACUCUAGAUAAUCAUUUCGAGCGUGUGUGGGUGCGCCGAAUGCCAGUGGGAGGAUGAGAGUGCUGUUCCAAGUGAAUCUUUUACGCGACGACGGCGGAGAAAAAAACGGCGAGAAAAGAAAGCAAACACUGGGUCAGUAAACUUCGAGCGUUUCAAGAGAAGAAUUUGUUGUACAGCCGCCGCUUCCUAAAACUGUAUCCGAAUCGUUGCAAAACAACGGUACUCGCUUGCACGCGCGCGCGCGCGCGAGUCAUCGCGGUUAAUUCCGUUCGCGAGCCGCAGGGACGUCGCGAAAAUUUCCGCGCGAAACGCUUCGGCGCACGUUUUACUUCUUGAAAAGCUCGAAAUCGGUUGGACGUGUGUUUCAUUUGUUUUCCGUUCACCUUUUUCCAUGGAUUGCGCGUACCGGGAUGCAAGGUUCGACAACAAGCAUGCGUACUUUAGCUGAAUUACCUUGUUUCUUAAACCGAACUUAGCGAGAAAACAUACACAACACAGAGGCCAAAACAGACAAAGGAAGGAUGAGAGAAUUCUUGUAAAGAGCGAGAGUGGUUAACCUACUGGAACGAUAGGCGACGCGAGAGAGCGAGAGAGAGCGAGAGAGAGCGUGCGAGAGAGAGCGACAGAGAACGAGAGAGAAAGAGAGAGCGUGCGAGAGAAAGAAAGCCUGAGAGACCGUGCGGGAGAAAGGGUGAGAGAGGGAAUGAGCGAAAGGGAACGAAAGAGUGCGAGCGAGAUAGAGUGAGAGAGAGCGAAAGAAAGUGCGAGAGAGAACGAGAGUGUGAAAGAGAGCGAGCGAGAGAAAGUGAGAGGGAGAGGGAGUAAG